AAAAAAAAAAAAAAAAGACUUAACCAGCCUCAAGAUGUCUGGCAAGGCGCUCUUGAGCAAACAACGGCAAGCGCGCCGGGCAUUGCUAACUAAAAUCUACGAACCGGCGUUGCGGCUGCAGAAAGGGUCCCUGGAGUACGCUGAGCUCGCGUCCUCGGGGCGGAUAUGGGAAGACUACUUCCGGCCCGGCAACAGCCUCGAAAAAGGGUACGUAGGGUUCCAGCAGGAGCACAAGCGCAUGUUGGACGAAAUCGACGCCUUGAAAGCAAGCCUUCCGACGGCGGAACUGGGUAAAACUAUGGUUUCAGAAUACGCUCAACAGUCCGUCAUGAUUGAGAACAACCAUUUGACCGUCAGAGACGCUAAACGCAUCCUCGAGUCGUUACAGACGGGCGUUUUCAGACGCGUGGACCUGGCUUCAACGUCCAGUAGUGAGCUUGCCACAAUCGUUACAUCCGAGACCGAGGGCGGUACCGACUCGGCGACGAACGAGCUGAGGAACCACAUUGUCGCAUCGCAAUGGAUCGCCGAGGGCGCGGCAGCAAAGGCUCGCACGGCGGGACUCCGCGAGGAUGAGGUGCGAGAUCUCGCCGUCGUAUGUAUCCGGAACACAGAAUCCGAGGCGGCCUAUGAGGCGUCGAGAGGCGGAUACGAGGCCGGGGGCCCCAAGGCCGGCACCCUGGUGUGGGGAGCACGCGUUCCGCUUGGAGAAUAUCGAAACCUACCCAUCGCAGUGCGCAGCAAUCGUCUACGAAUUUUCCCCUAUCCACAGGAAGUUCCCGCCUGCGUUGCACGAUUCUUUGAGUGGCGCGACACGCAACAUCGCGAGAAGGCGCUGCAUCCGCUGGUUCUGGCUUGUCAGAUGACGGCGUACUUUGUCCACGUUCACCCGUUUCCUGACGGCAACGGGCGCAUCAGCCGCAUGAUCAAGCAGGAUUACCUCACUCGUCAAGGCUACUUACCGGUCGUCAUUCCAGGGUUGGAGCGGAAGGACUACUUGCGGAUGAUUGACGACGCCUGCGAAGGCAAACCCGGUGAGCUCGUAGCGGCAGUCAUCGAGGCCCAGCAGGCGGCGCUGCACAUGUUCUCGACGCGUUGCCCUUUGACGGACAACUUAGGACACGUCCAAAAACCGGUGUGCCUAGGAGACCGGGCGCCAAAGGGUUGGGUCGAGAAGGAUCCGGAAAACGGUUCGUGUUCGUGAUUAAGCGAAUGCGAGAAACGAGUGUGUAGCGGCCCCACUGUCAGCAGCAGAAAGUACUCGUGUUAUGUCCGCAUCAUCAGGUCUCGCACACCCCUAUCAUAUCUACACCGAAGGGGAAAUCACCGGCCAAUGUCCAACCGCAACCGCAUAGCAGGCAGGCAGGCAGGCAGGCAGGCAGGCAGGCA